UUUUGUCCAACCCAUGGGCGUCACUGUCUGGGGCCCCUGUCCUUCCAUACAGGGGUAUUAGGGACCCAGGUGUGUCUGGGUCUGGGAGGUAGGUAUGUGGAGAGGGCCAGGGAGACCUUCCAGAAUGGUCUGACAUUCAGCAGUCGUCCAGUCAGGAUCCAGGAGAAGAUACAUCUGCGGGUGGAGCUUUGUGACCAGCACUGGAAUGGAGCUUUGCGGCUGGGCUUCACUUCCAUUCCCCCCUCCUCCUGUGGGCCACUCUUCCCCCCUGCCAUGGCCAUCCCUGACCUCGCCACCACCUACGGGUACUGGGCAGCCCCCGUGCCCUCCAGCCUCAACAUGCCAGGGGCAGAGCUCCGCUUCUGGGUGACCCCUCAAGGGGUGCUGGUGUACGAGGGGCCAAACCGUGUGAAGUACCUGCUCCUGAAGGGGGUGGAUGUGAGAAGCCCCCUCUGGGCUGUUAUAGAUGUCUACGGGCAGACCAGAGCUGUGCUCUUAUUGGGUGAGGCAUUUGGUGAAUUUCUUGGUUGAUCAAAUGUAAAAAUCUAUUUUGCACCAGAUUGUAUCACAAUACUCCUUAACUGAUCAGUGCUUUAUGUUAUUCUCCCAUCCCUCAGGAUCAAAGAAGAAAAAAAUAUUUCAUAUGCGGAGGUCCUGCCCUGUCCCUCCUCCUCCCUCUGUGUCUUAUGAGGACAGCUGCAUGUGUGUGAACAAGGGUCAUCCCUGUUGCACCCCUCGGGGCAACAGGCUCCCUACUGACCCUAUCACUACCAAACAGAUGCACUCUUCUCCAGGUUAGUAACCAACUGCAUUCUUAAAGUCAUUUAGGCUGGGGAGUGUGAAGCAAUAAAAUGUAUAUGGUUAUAAUACAGUUUCAUUUCAAUGUUCAGAAUAAUAUGGAUUUCUGUUGACCUUGUUCUUUAAAGGUACUGUUGUCUAUUUACCAUGUAGUUCUCUUGGCAACUUCUGUCUUGUUUUUUCUUGCUGUUUAUCUAUCCUACACUGUAGAGUCUGACUUGGCUGAAGAUUGCGCUGUGUGUCUAUCCUUGAGAGCUUCUGAGGUCCUCCCCUGUGGGCACCGCUGCAUGUGUUAUUGCUGCGCAGUGCGCGUCACCGCCGAGUUCGGAACCUGCCCACUGUGUCGCCUGUCAAUCAGA